ACGGAUCUCUCUCUCUCUCUCUCUCUCUCUCUCUCUCUCUCUCUCUCGAUCGCUUGCUCGUGCAACUGAGGAAGAAGAUGCAGGCGGUCUCCAGGAGAUUAGCUUACCGUCCGCUCGCCGGAGGAGCUCCGAUUUAUUCUUCGUCUUACCUCAACUCGAUCUGUGAAGGCUCGUCUCACCAUCAUGGGAAGGAUAAUCGGCGUUACUCUUCUUCACUCGCUGCCAAGGGCGUGGGCCACCUCGCCCGCAAGGGUACUGGUGGGAGAUCUUCCGUCAGUGGCAUUAUAGCUACGGUGUUUGGAGCCACGGGAUUUCUGGGCCGCUAUCUUGUGCAGCAGCUUGCUAAAAUGGGAUCUCAGGUGCUCGUUCCUUUCCGAGGCUCAGAGGACGAUCCUCGUCAUCUCAAGUUGAUGGGUGAUUUAGGACAGAUAGUACCGAUGAAAUUCAACCCAAGGGAUGAGGACUCUAUUAAGGCAGUCAUGGCUAAGGCUAAUGUUGUUAUCAAUCUUACUGGAAGAGAGUACGAGACCAGAAAUUUCAGUUUUGAGGAGGUGAACCAUCACAUGGCUGAAAAACUUGCUUUGUUGGCUAAAGAACAUGGUGGGAUUAUGAGAUUUAUUCAAGUUUCUUGCCUAGGAGCUUCAGCAUCGUCUCCUUCAAAAAUGCGGAGGACAAAGGCUGCUGGUGAGGAAGCUAUCUUGAAAGUGCUUCCUGAGGCCACAAUUAUGAGACCUGCAACGAUGAUUGGUACAGAGGACAGGAUUUUGAACCCGUGGGCACAGUUUGUUAAAAAGUAUAGCUUCCUCCCGCUCAUAGGCGAUGGAACGACCAAAAUCCAGCCCGUAUAUGUUGUUGAUGUAGCCGGUGCAGUCAUUCAAGCUCUGAAGGAUGAUGGCAUUAGCAUGGGUAAAACAUAUGAACUGGGUGGUCCAGAGGUUUUUACAAUUCAUGAAUUGGCAGAGCUCAUGUAUGAUAUGAUCCGUGAAUGGCCUAGGUAUGUGAAGGUUCCAUUUCCCAUUGCUAAGGCACUGGCAAGUCCUAGGGAGGUGAUGCUCAACAAAGUCCCUUUCCCAUUACCCACUCCCCAAAUAUUCAAUUUAGAUCAAAUAAAUGCCCUUACAACAGAUACGCUGGUGUCUGAUAACGCCUUGACGUUUCAGGAUCUGGGCAUUGUCCCGCAUAAGUUGAAGGGCUACCCGGUUGAGUAUCUUAUCCAGUAUCGCAAAGGCGGUCCCCAAUUCGGUUCUACUGUCAGUGAAAAGGUUCCGACAGACUUCGACCCGUAGAAUUUUGGUGCUGAAGGGUACAAUGAAACUGGAAAACUAAAAACGGGUAUGUUCCAUUCCCUUGUGUCAAUAAAAAAAAGGACCCUGAAAACAGUGAUUGCGUUAUGCUCCUCUCCCUUUUGUUGUUUCGGCCUUGAAGAAUUAUAAUCAUCUAGAUUUUUCUUACUUGAAUAAAAUUCAAGUCAGGAAUACAUUGUAUUGUCU